AUGCAUUUGUAUUGCUUUAUACUCGCUGCUUUAUUGGGUCUAUCUACUGCACGACCAUUGCAAUACUCCUUCAGGCACUUCUGCCCAACAUUUGAUCGCAGAUCAGCUGCACCAACAUCAGUGCAUGCGCUCAACAUUGGAGAUUUCAAGGUUAUAGCUGCUUUGGGAGACUCUAUGACCGCUGCUUUUGCCGCAAAGAAUACUCGACCUUUAGGUGUCAUACCUCUUGAAGAUCGCGGUAUCUCUUUUUCAAUGGGAGGUGACUCGGAUGCUGUGACAGUGGCCAAUCUGAUACGUCAUUUUCAACCUGAACUCGUUGGAACAUCAACAGGCAGCCAAGUCGCCGAAAUAUGCACAUCAGACAGAUGCCCAACCGUAAUCCGCAACGUAAACCAGGACGGGCUCAAUGGGGCGCUGUCAGGAGCCGUAGUCGCAACCCUGCAAACAGAACUAGAAUACAUCCAAACUGAAAUCCUUCGUCGCGACGACAUUGAUUUCGUUCAUGAUUACAAACUCAUCAACAUACUUAUCGGUGCCAACGAUCUAUGUAGUGGAUGUAGCGCAUUCAACAACCAUCCAACCCCCGACGAAUAUCAGGAAAUGCUGACGUCUGUGCUGGAUAAUAUUAGGAGUAAUAUUCCACGAGUGCUCGUUAAUGUUAUAUUACAAUUCAAUGUAUCACAAGUAUGGGACUUAACACAUAAUAUCCCGUCUUGUCAAGCCAAGAGGGCUGGGGGACUUGUCUUUGAAUGUACCUGUGCAUUCCUGGGCAAAGACAACUCGAGACGACAGAUGGAUGAUUUGGCUUACGAGUACAGGCAACGUGCCAGGAAUGUAGUUGCAUCGUAUACACGAGACGACCCAUCAUUUGGUGUUAUACUUGAUCCGGGGUUUGAAGGUAUUGAAUUGAAAUCUUGGCCAUUGGAUAUGUUGUCUACUGCAGACUGCUUUCAUCCAUCUGGACUGGCGCAUAGUACUAUGGCGAGAUCAGUUUGGAAUAAUCUCUUCAGGAAGCAGGAGGAAAAGUCGACAAAUAUUGAUGUGGCCAAUCUCCCAGCUAUAUAUUGUCCUACAGCUGAUGAUAUCAUACACACUGAUUGA